AGGGACUUCGCCUCUUUUUCCGGGCUCGGCAGAGCAGCCACUCUGGACCCCGGCUCGCAGACCCGCACGGCGGCCGAUCUGCCGGGGGGCUCGCAGAGCCGCUGUGCCCCUACCGGCGCUCACCGCGGCCCGCCUCGGUCCCCUGCGCGCGUGGCGUCUCCGCCGCGUCCCCGGCCGCAGGCUCGGGCUGCCGCCCGCCGGUCCCGAGAGCGAGCGAGCGAGCGAGCGGGGGCCGGCGCUGCGCUAGUCGGGGCGCGCCCUCCAGGAUGCUGAUCCUCCCGGUGCGCUGAGAACCAGCGCCCCAGCUCCGCCGGCGCCGCCUCCACCGCGCCCCCGAGGCUCCCGGGCGCCCGCCCUCCGCCCGCCGGCUCCCUCCCUCGCUCGCUCUCCCGCUCGCUCCCGCUCUCGCCGGGCCUUCCGCGCGGUCGGUGCGCGCGGACGGUGGCGAGCCGUCUCGGACGCAGCAUGCAGGCGCGCUACUCGGUGUCCGACCCCAACGCGCUGGGAGUGGUGCCCUACUUGAGCGAGCAGAACUACUACCGGGCGGCGGGCAGCUACGGCGGCAUGGCCAGCCCCAUGGGCGUCUACUCGGGCCACCCGGAGCAGUACGGCGCGGGCAUGGGCCGCUCCUACGCGCCCUACCACCACCACCAGCCCGCGGCGCCCAAGGACCUCGUAAAGCCGCCCUACAGCUACAUCGCGCUCAUAACCAUGGCGAUCCAGAACGCGCCCGAGAAGAAAAUCACCCUGAACGGCAUCUACCAGUUCAUCAUGGACCGCUUCCCCUUCUACCGGGAGAACAAGCAGGGCUGGCAGAAUAGCAUCCGCCACAACCUCUCGCUCAACGAGUGCUUCGUCAAGGUGCCGCGCGACGACAAGAAGCCGGGCAAGGGCAGCUACUGGACCCUGGACCCGGACUCCUACAACAUGUUCGAGAACGGCAGCUUCCUGCGGCGCCGCCGGCGCUUCAAGAAGAAGGACGUGCCCAAGGAGAAGGAGGAGCGGGCCCACCUCAAGGAGCCGCCCCCGACGGCGUCCAAGGGCGCCCCGGCCGGACCCCCCCUAGCGGACGCCCCCAAGGACGCCGAGAAGAAGGUGGUGAUCAAGAGCGAGGCGGCGUCUCCCGCGCUGCCCGUCAUCACCAAGGUGGAGACGCUGAGCCCCGAGAGCGCGCUGCAGGGCAGCCCGCGCAGCGCCACCUCCACCCCCGCCGGCUCCCCGGACGGCUCGCUGCCCGAGCACCACGCAGGCGCGCCCAACGGGCUGCCCGGCUUCAGCGUGGAGAACAUCAUGACGCUGCGAACGUCGCCGCCGGGCGGCGAGCUGAGCCCCGCGGCCGGGCGCGCGGGCCUGGUGGUGCCGCCGCUGGCUUUGCCCUAUGCCGCCGCGCCGCCCGCCGCCUACGGCCAGCCGUGCGCGCAGGGCCUGGAGGCCGGGGGCGCGGGCGGCUACCAGUGCAGCAUGCGUGCCAUGAGCCUGUACACCGGCGCCGAGCGGCCGGCGCACAUGUGCGUGCCGCCCGCUCUGGACGAGACCCUCUCGGACCACCCGAGCGGCCCCACGUCGCCCCUGAGCGCCCUCAACCUCGCUGCCGGCCAGGAGGGCGCGCUCGCCGCCGCGGGCCACCACCACCAGCACCACGGCCACCACCACCACCCGCAGGCGCCGCCGCCGCCGGCUCCGCAGCCCCCGCCGGCGCCGCAGCCCGGGGCCGCGGCGGCCCAGGCGGCCUCCUGGUAUCUCAACCACAGCGGGGACCUGAACCACCUCCCCGGCCACACGUUCGCGACCCAGCAGCAGACUUUCCCCAACGUCCGGGAGAUGUUCAACUCCCACCGGCUGGGGAUUGAGAACUCGACCCUCGGGGACCCGCAGGUGAGCAGCAACGCGAGCUGCCAGCUGCCCUACCGAUCCACGCCGUCUCUGUACCGCCACGCAGCCCCCUAUUCCUAUGACUGCACGAAAUACUGAGCUGCCCCGGCUCUCCCCUGUCCUGGCCCGCCCCGGCUUCGCCGCCCAGACCCGGCCCUCUCAGACAGUUCAGGCUGCGGAGAAGCAAAAGGCACCAAAACAUGUCCACCAGCUGCUUCUCAGGCCCGGGAGCAGAGAGCGCGCCAGCCCCAGCCCUCUGUGAAGCUGCAGGUAACUUCCAUCCGCCGCCCCGUUUCCGAGGUCCCAAGAAGCCCCUAAAAGGGACGCAGCCCAACGACGUGAAUAUUGAUUUUAAACUCCCCCUCCCCGACCAGCAUUGCUGUGCUCACUGCUCCACUCGGGGUUUCAAAAAUUAAGUUAUGGACCGAAUUCCAUAGCGACCCAGUAACGACUCUCUGUAGAGCCCUCCAUAGGUAUGUGGGGGUCUCUAUAGAUUCUGUAUGUGCUGUGUGUAAUUUUAAAUUUCUCUAACCGUGCUGUACAAACGUGUUGAUUUUUAAUCAGGCUAUUUGUUGUUGUUCAGAGCCAUUAAUAUAAUAUUUAAAGUUGAGUUCACUGGAUAAUUUCUCAUCUUGCCCAUCCAUUUCUAACUGCCAGAUUGAAAAUUCAAGAAACCUAUGUAGGGUUCCCCCCCUCGAACAAUGAUGAGACACAAUUCUUUUCCCAGUUGUAGGUCUUUCACAAAACAAGAAAAUAAUUUAUUAUUUGUUUUUGGCCGAUAAAGAAGUCAAGUAUCUGAUACUUUUUAUUUACAAAGUGUGAUGGUUUUGUAUAGUAGAUUCCUCCCUGAGCAUUCCUAAAAGAAAAAAAAAACUAAAAAAAUUUAACUUCACCUUUGUUUGUCUUAUGUGGUCUUAAUUGUUGUACUUACCUUAAAAUAAACCCGUGUUGUUUUC